AUGGAGAACCGCAAUAAUCAACCUGCUCCCAGCGUGGGCACCGAGUCGUCGGACAUCGAGCACCUGUCCUCUGGCAAUGCGAGCCAACUCCCAUCUCCAGCUACUGAUAAUACGCAAGACACCAGCCAGCUCGGUGCGCGACCGGGACGCGCGAUGCACAUCAACGCACUUCCGAAUGAGAUCCUCGAGGAGAUUUUCUUCCACAACAUGCUCAGCCACAAAAGAAACGAUGAGCCAGAGGAUUUCAUGGGUUUGCAAGCGAUGGAGAUCGGUCAUGUCCUGCUAUUCACAACUCUGGACUCACUCAUCGAUGCUAGCCACGACGACAACAUUAUUACUUCGGCGGAACUCCUAUUGUACAACCUGUACAGGAUUCGAUCACUGAAGUUGGUCGCCUGCCCAGCGGAUUUAGCCAUCUUCGACACAUAUGUCGGCGACUGUACCUCAGUCCCUCUACUGCAAUCACUCUGCAUAGAGGGAUUCAUGCCAUUCCCCGAGCGUGUCUUACUGAUGCCGAUGCCACGGCUAAUUGGCUACUGGACUCGCCGUCUUUGCAGACUCGAGUGCAACGACAUUCCAUUUCCUUGGCACAUCGUGAGAUCGCCCUUCACGGAGUUGGAAGAGCUGUGUCUAGCUGGCGAGUGUGUCCUGCCCCCAUAUCUCAUCGUUGUCAUGCAUUCGCUCCGACAACUGAAACAACUCAAAGUCCUGAAGACCUGGAAUAUCCUCCCGCACCAGCUCAACUUUCCUUCCAAUGUUGUGCGUGAAAUACCACCUGUCUCGUGGCCCCACCUGCGUUGGCUGGAACUUGCGGAAAAUGCCACAGCGGUUGCCAUUUUCCUAUCCCAUGUGCAAAUUCCGAAGGACAUACCAAUUGCCAUCAACGCUGCCACAGCCUCGAGGGGUAUCAUAGGAGACCAAGUGCGGGCCCUGAACUGUCUGGACCGCCACCUGUCCCUAGGUCCAGACGAAAUCGAGACGUUGCAUAUCGAGCAAGAUACGCAACACUGA